AUGCGGCAACAGCAGUCGAAAAGACAACAGAAACAAUUAUCACCACAUCAUCCAACAACGCCCCAACAACAAAUGCAUCAACCAUAUCAACAGCAGCRCCAGCACCAGUUGCUAGGCGAUCCGUUUGCUGCAAUGUUAACGGCGACACGAGAUGCACCAGCUAGUCUCCAAUCUAGACUACAACAACAACAGAUUUCACAAUUGGAGUCACAGCCACCGCCGACAUCAACGCCUACCCAGAUCCUAACACAGACGCAGACAGCGAUUCAGUCACAGUCGCAACCUCACGCACAUUUCGUCACCCAUGGCGUCCAACCCAAGGGUGGCAGCGCAACAACAACAACUUCAGCAUCAACCGCUGGAAAUCAGCUGCAUCAGCCACCGCAACAGUCCCCUACACCGACAUCAACACCAUCACAUCAUUUGGCUAACAUUCUGAACCAAACAGCCACCUCGAACGGCUCUUCUACAUUGACCGUGGUGGCAAACGACAGCAACAACAGCAGCAGCAACAGUUCGACCAACAGAAUUUUCUACAAUCAGACCACCUCAGUGCAUGACGGUAACACGCAAAGCUCUGACCAACGAUGCCUCUCCCGCAUACCACACUCGAUUCGUCUCGAGACUCGAUUCGUCUCAUCGGCCACCCCAUCCGAAGCGAAGGCGUCGGCGAGACGUUCGUCGUCAAGCAGGUGCACGCYGUAUUAUCAAGGAGAGGGGGUCAACUCAUCGACACUGGGAUAUAUAAUGUCCGGUGUCGUAUAA